UCCAGAGUCUGGAUUUGGUCUGGAGUGCCCAUCGAGUGCUGGACCAGCGGCUGGCCGGUGCACCCCGCCCUGCGCGCGCAGAGGCUUCGGGACCCUCAGGCCGAGGCGCGGGCCGCUACGCAAGGCGGAUAGGGUGGGCAGAGGGAAAUUUGGAGGGCGCGGGCGCCCUGUGCACGGAGCAAACGUGAGGCGGCCGGGGGCCGGGACGCCAUGUCCAUGGAGGACCCCUUCUUUGUGGUGAAAGGAGAGGUUCAGAAAGCAGUCAACACUGCACAGGGAUUGUUUCAGAGAUGGACAGAACUCCUCCAGGACCCAUCCACAGCCACAAGGGAAGAAAUCGACUGGACCACCAACGAGCUGAGGAACAACCUCCGGAGCAUAGAGUGGGACCUAGAGGACCUCGACGAAACCAUCAGCAUAGUUGAAGCAAAUCCUAGGAAAUUCAACCUUGAUGCAACUGAAUUGAGUAUAAGAAAAGCCUUCAUCACAAGUACUCGGCAGGUUGUCCGGGACAUGAAGGAUCAGAUGUCAGCUUCAUCUGUGCAGGCGUUAGCUGAGAGGAAAAAUAGACAGGCCCUGCUAGGAGACAGUGGCGGACAGAACUGGAGCGCUGGAACGUCGGAUAAAUACGGGCGCCUCGACCGGGAGCUUCAGUUGGCCAACUCCCAUUUCAUCGAGGAGCAGCAGGCACAGCAGCAGCUGAUCGUGGAACAGCAGGAUGAGCAGUUGGAGCUGGUCUCUGGCAGCAUCGGAGUGCUGAAGAACAUGUCCCAGCGCAUUGGAGGGGAGCUGGAGGAGCAGGCCGUUAUGCUGGAUGAUUUCUCUCACGAGUUGGAGAGCACUCAGUCUCGACUGGACAAUGUGAUGAAGAAGCUUGCAAAAGUAUCGCACAUGACCAGCGAUCGGCGCCAGUGGUGUGCCAUUGUGGUCCUCUUCGUGGUCCUGCUCAUCGUGCUGAUCCUCUUCUUAGCGCUGUGACGGCGGGGCCCCGGCUCGCUUCCUGCUGCACACACACCCCGGGGGACAGGGAGAAGCAGUGCGCAGCGGCCCGCUCCUCGCGACCCUCUCCUGGAAGCACAGCCUGAGCUGACUUUUCUCUCCAUGACCCCACCGUGGAGACAGCGCCUCCAGCCCAGUGUGGGGAGGGCCGGUGGGCAGAGGAAGUUGACAACUACACUCUCCCGGCUCCCUGGCUCCCAUUCUGAGGACAGCUGGCCUUGCUUUGCCCCCCCGGAACUCGCUCCCCCUGGAGGGCCUUGGAGGAAUCCAGAAAA